AUGUCACCAUCGCUGGAGCUCCCAUCGUGGUACCCUGACUGGGCACCGGGGCCGUCAUCUCGACCAGAACAACAACAAACCCCACGACGGGAAGACCCGACGCUACCAUUUCCUUUUCUGUCGACCCCAGAUCGGAAUCGCAACCCAGAUCCCCCGUCAAGUAUAGAGACGUCAACACACGGUGAAAUCGAGUGUCGCGAUGGCUUCACUCGUCCACCUCCGAUAACAAUCGAUGUUUUGCCUCGCAAAGACAGAACAGUUAAUAGAAAGUUGAAAGGAAUCCAUCUGUUUAUGAUCACCAUUAACGGUACACUGGGAACAGGGCUGUACUGGCGCGGCGGCCAGAUCCUCGAACUCGGGGGGCCAUUGGCUGUUCUCCUGUCCUUCCUCCUGGUGGGUCUCCUAUCGGUGGCUGUGAUGCAAUGUAUUACAGAAAUGCUUUGCAUUUGGCCGAUCCCAGGUGCCAUGUCUCUUUAUGUCAGCGAGUUUGUGGAUCCUGAGCUGGGCAUUGCUGUUGGUGUGGCAUAUUGGUUUACAUAUUCGGUCUCUUUUUCAGCCAUUAUUGCGACCUCGGCCGCAGAGUUUGGUUUCUGGCCCGGGAUCGGCGGGAACUCUGGCAUCAAUGGAGGCAUUAUCUAUCUAUGUAUUCCUCUGUGCUUAGUUUUGCUCAAUGCAUUGGAGAUCGAACUAUUCGCUCUAUUUGAAGUUUUCACAGGAACCAUCAAAUUAUUAUUCCUUGUUGUCAUCGCCAUUGUCUUGGUAGUCCUAAACUUCGGAGUCGGACCUAGUCAACACGGGUAUAUUGGCACUCGAUAUUGGUCUGAACCGACGGCUUUCGACAGUGAUGCUGCUAGCAACUGGGCCACUGCGUUUCUUAUGAGCAUAUCGAUUGCUACAUUUGCCUACGUAGGUGUUGAGAUUGUUGCUGCCUCUGCCCUAGAAGCUCGAUGGCCCCGAAGGAAUGAGAAGGAUGAAGCACGAAAGACAUCAGAUAUGUCCCUUAUCGGCAAUUCAGUGAAGUUCACGGCAGUCUUUUUUUCAGUUUUAGCAACGUUUGCAUAUUCCCUCACCGGGGUGCUUGCAAGUUUCGAUAUACCACGAGACGACUGCCAAUUACCUCGACUCAGCUGGGUCAAUUCCACUGUUACCCAAUGUUACGAGCCGCCAACAUCAAACACGACAUCUGCGUUUGUUGCAAUUGCCGUGCAAUCGGGUAUUCCUCAUCUGGCAGAUGUCUUCAAUGUUUUUCUCGUGUUCACCAGCCUGUCUUGUGCCAAUACCAAUCUCUAUGUGGCAUCGAGGGCACUUUUUGGUCUCACCAGUCGUUUAGAUGGAGGGAGCGGCCAAUCCUGGUUCCUGCGCCUUCUUUCAUGGUUUGGAAAAACCAAUCGACACAAAGUGCCGAUGCGAGCUAUGAUCUUCUCCGCUGUUUCGUUCUGGUGGGUACCUUUCUUGCAACUCAGGGGUGGCACAGACACCCGCACGACGAUUGGCAUGUUCGUUGAAGUACUCGCCGAGAUGGGUUCGGUUGGAGUUUUGAUAGUAUGGCUUUGCGAGUGUUUGGCGUUUAUUCGUUUUUAUCAUUGCAUCAUGGCACAUCGGAAAGUUCUCCAGGAGCAAAACAUCUCGCAUGUGCGGCGGUGGGACGAGGAUGACUAUCCUUAUCGUAGCCAUGGACAGCCGAUGACGGCGUAUGCAGCGUUCACGGGGUGUUUUGUUGUUUUGGUAGUGAUUAACGGGGUCUCUCUUUGGAAGGGGUUUCACGACUUGCCGUUUUUGUCGUCGUAUGUGAUAGUUUUGGCGUUUUUAGCAUUAUGGGUACUGCUAAAGCUUGUGCGAGACGGUGGUGAGGCGAAUUGGUCGUUUGUGGACCUUUCGAAUCCUCAAAAAGUGAUUAACAAGAUAUUGACACUGCAUGAUAUUCGCAUGGGAACGGCGUCGUGA